UGCAUUUAUUUUACUUGCAAAUCGCAAUUAUUUUUGUUUUAAAAAUGCUCGCCAAGACUGGAGUGCAUUUACGUGCCAUAUGCACCAGGCUGACGCCACUGCGUGUGGUGCUUCCAAUUAGCCGACAAGUGCUGCAGCAGCAGCAACCACAAGUGAAUGCAGCCGCACCUGCUUUGUUUGUGCAACAAACGCGCGAUUAUGCAAAAGGCAAGGACCGAAAAAAGGAAAAGGGCGCCAAAGGCAAACCCGUCAAGGUGGAGAUCAACGAGCAGCAGCUGCGUGAACUGAUCAACCUGGAUGGCCUCAAUGCCCAAAUGGAGAAGUCGGUGCUCCAGAUGAGAGAUGAUUUCAUUAAGAAUCUAUCGUUACGCUCUACGAGCGGCGCCAUCGACACGCUGCGCAUCAAAGUGGACGGCGCUGAGCACGAGCUGCAGCAACUGGCGCAGAUAUCGCGCAAGAAUCCCAAGACGAUCGUCAUCAACAUGAUCGCCUUUCCCCAAACGAUACCCGAUGUGCUGCGUGCCAUAGAGAAGAGUGGCAUGAAUCUGAACCCACAGCAGGACGGCACCACACUCUUCAUACCCAUACCCAAGGUGACCAAGGAGCAUCGCGAGCACCUCUCCAAAAAUGCCAAGGCAUUGUUCAUCAAGCAUCGCGACGCCAUACGCGACAUCCAGAACGCCGAGAUACGCAAGUUGAAGAAGCAGACGGACAUUGCCAAAGAUGAUGUGUUUGCCGCUCAGACACAGCUCACCGCCAUUGCGGACAAAUACAUCGGGGAGGCGGACAAACUGCUCGCCAGCAAGCAGAAGGAGCUGCUCGGCGAUGCCUGAUAUCACGAAUGCCACAAGACUGAUGUUAGAUAUUGAUAUUGAUAUAUACAUAUAGAUUUGUUGCUCCGAUAAAUGUAAGCCACUGCCUAUGAUGCAAUUUACUAAAUUUUAAAUAUAAGCUGAAAUUAA